UUGGUAGCUCGCUACUACAGAAACCAAAUCAAGAGCCUCAGUUCACUGAAAUAGAACCACCAGUAUUUCAAGAGCAGGAACCUCAGUUCACUGAAAGUGAGCACCCAGUAUUUCAAGAGCAGGAACCCCAAUUUACCGAGAGCGAAACACCUUUCAAAGAAGAGCAGGAAUCUCAAUAUCCAGAAGUUGAGCCUCAUGUACCGGGACAAGAACCUCAGUAUCCUGAAGGAGAGCCCCAAGUACCGGUAAAAGAGCCCCAGUAUCCUGAAGAAGAGCCCAAAGUACCGGGACAAGAACCUCAAUAUCCCGAAGGAGAGCCCCAAGUACCUGGAAAUGAACCUCAAUAUCCUGAAGGAGAGCCACAAGUACCGGGACAAGAGCCCCAGUAUCCUGAAGGAGAGCCCCAAGUACCGGGAAAAGAACCUCAAUAUCCUGAAGGAGAGCCACAAGUACCGGGACAAGAGCCUCAGUAUCCUGAAGGAGAGCCACAAGUACCGGGAAAAGAACCUCAAUAUCCUGAAGGAGAGCCCCAAGUACCUGGAAAAGAACCUCAAUAUCCCGAAGGAGAGCCACAAGUACCGGGACAAGAGCCCCAGUAUCAUGAAGGAGAGCCACAAGAACCGGGAAAUGAACCUCAAUAUCCUGAAGGAAAGCCCCAAGUACCGGGACAAGAACCUCAAUAUCCCGAAGGAGAGCCCCAAGUACCGGGAAAAGAACCUCAAUAUCCCGAAGGAGAGCCCCAAGGACCGGGAAAAGAACCUCAAUAUCCUGAAGGAGAGCCACAAGGACCGGGAAAAGAACCUCAAUAUCCCGAAGGAGAGCCCCAAGGACCGGGAAAAGAACCUCAAUAUCCUGAAGGAGAGCCACAAGGACCGGGAAAAGAACCUCAAUAUCCCGAAGGAGAGCCCCAAGUACCGAAACAAGAGCCCCAGUAUCCUGAAGGAGAACCCCAAGUACCGGGACAAGAACCUCAAUAUCCUGAAGGAGAGCCCCAAGUACCGGGACAAGAACCUCAAUAUCCCGGAGGAGAACCCCAAGUACCGGGACAAGAGCCCCAGUAUCCUGAAGGAGAACCCCAAUUACCGGGACAAGAACCUCAAUAUCCUGAAGGAGAGCCCCAAGUACCGGGACAAGAGCCCCAGUAUCCUGAAGGAGAACCCCAAGUACCGGUACAAGAACCUCAAUAUCCUGAAGGAGAGCCCCAAGUACCGGGACAAGAACCUCAAUAUCCCGAAGGAGAGCCCCAAGUACCGGGAGAAGAAAUUGUACAAACUACUCAAGGUAAGUUUCUAUUGAAAAUUCUUUUGUAAAAAGAACUUUCUAAAAGACAAUUACAUUAUAUUUUGAUGUCUUUCCAUCACUUGAUGACGUCAUUGAAAUUAUUUAAUGAAGGUUUAAUUCAAAUAACACAAAAAAUCGUAAACAUGGGCAUUAUAACCAUGAUGAAUGGGGCCGACUUAUUAAAAAAAAUUUCUCUGGAGACCUCUGGCACAUGUUUUUAAAAGAAUGACGCCCAAGCGACCCCCUUCAUCUGUCAACUAUGUUUACUGUUUCAUCCGUCUUCAGGCCAUGAAUAAAUACCUGCCCAGCCUAUUUUCUUUUUUUAAAACUUUCUCUCCACAUACGUACGGGCUCAUUACAGAUACGGGAGUCUUAGCACUGAAUCUUUUGUCGCGUAGUAUAGUUCCUAUAUUUUUUUUUAAAUUACUAAUAAUAAAAAAAGAGCAAAUGUAAAAAAACAACAAAAACAUAAACAAUGUUAAGCAUUACGCCGAAUUUGUAAAAAAACAAAUAUUAUUUGGCAGAUUUUGUUUUAAAAAUAGGAUAUCAAUUAAAGUUCAAGCCCCCUUGUAUUUCAUAGGAGAGUGUGAUGGAUAUGUGUGCCAUGUGUGGUCAAGAUCUAUCAAUCCUGGUAGAAAAGUAUUCGGAACAUUUUACUUAUAAAGCUCAUCUAUGAAAGCUAAAAACAAGAAAUUUUGGCACCCCGGCCCUAAAUGGACCCCCCCUCCCGCUCUCCCCCCCUCGUAAGGGUAGGCUAAUUUUAUUUGGAAAUAAGCGAAACAAAUCAUGGGGAGAAGCAAAAAAACAACGAACGUGUCAGCAAUAAGCCUUCGUCAGAGAAACAAAAGUAAAAUUAACAUAAAUGCUUAGUUGCAAUGUCGUAUCCGAAAAGGCAGCAAAGGGAAUGUGAUAGACCACUGGUCGGAAAACUCAUUAGUCAAAAGAGUAAAAAAUCAGCAGUAGGACAACGGAACCUGUCUUAAGGGUCGUGUUUUUUAGAGUCAAACCCAACUUGGGGCCGACUGGCCGAGCCGCACACACGUCGUUAAAGAGCUGAAUGCGGCUCGCAAGCUCUGUGAUAGACCAUUAGUAGGUAAGCGAGUCCUCUUUAACAGGUUUUCCCCUGCUUUGUUUCGCUUGUAUCCUUCUACUUAACCCGAUUGCCGUCUGCUCCAUUAUUUUAUGACUUUAUGUGAAAUCAACCAAGCGCGUUAAGUUUUCACUCACUGUAGCAGGACGUAGAGGCACAUGUCUCAUGAGAUAAGCCUCAAAAGCUGAUAAUACUGAUUUGUUCAUUGUGUCUUUUCAGCUACAGAAGCACCUACAGAGCUACCAACCGAACCACCAACCGAACCACCAACCGAGCCACCAACCGAACCACCAACAGAACCACCAACUGAACCACCAACCGAGCCACCAACCGAACCACCAACAGAACCACCAACAGAACCACCAACUGAACCACCAACCGAACCACCAACCGAGCCACCUACCCUACCCCCUACAAAACCACCUACAACAGCUGUACCAAGUAAGAAUCAUUAUUAAAUUCCUGUCAGUGUUUUAACUAAAUCAAUACUAUUUUCCCCAUAUAUCUUUCAUAAAACAAAUUCUAUAAGAAACUCCGCAAAACAAAAAAAAAAAAAAAAACACCGUAUGGCAACAAAUGCGUAAUGAAGUUCCCAAAGACAUUUAUAUGCAAAUUUAGUACAUGUUUUUUAUUCUAUUAACAUUAUAUUGGAAGUCAUUUUUUUUUCCAUUAAUGCAAUAUAAUAAGAGAAGUACUUUUUUCUUCCAAUUGAUAUCCUAAUAAAAUUUCAAUAUCAUUUUCACAUAGCUCUCAGACAGUAGUCAUUGAUGAUAUAAGAAAUACACAAUUUUUUAUAUUGUUUCAAAAUGUUUUAUGAAAUCUUCUUCGUUCGGCCGUUUCUAUCAGUGAUCUGUCCAUUCAGUGGCUACUUUUUUCAUAUCAAGCUUCUCAAAAUGUGCUUUUAUCUAAUUACACAAAAACAACACACACUGUUAUUAACACAUGAAAUAUAUUCCAUUAGGCUUGAUUACAAAACUUAUAAUUCAAAAACCAUGGAAGAUCUCUUAAUUGAACUGUUUCAUCGCUAGCUACUCCACCACCCCCCUCUGUGGCGCCUUGUAAAAACGCCACCAAAGCAGACAUCCUCUUCGUCCUGGACGCCUCCUCCAGCAUAGGGCAAUACAACUGGGGCAAUCAGACCAAGUUUGCCGCUGAACUGACUGAGGCGUUCAACGUGGGACCCAAGGAAGUGCACUUCGGCACGAUCACUUACAACAAGAUUUAUACGAAGUUCUUUGAUCUGAAAGACCACUACGAUCACCAGUCACUAUCUCAAGUGCGUCUAUUGGCUUUAACACUGCCAUCACCAUUAUUCUAUCAAGUAGCUUAAGGACGGUAACAUUGCAAUGAUCACACAGGGGCGUAGCUGGAGUUUGCGGAGGUUUGGACCCCCCGGGUGUGACACCACCUCAGGGGUGACACCAUCUCAGGGGUGACAACAUCUCAGGGGUGACACCAUCUCAGGGUUGACACCAUCUCAGUGGUGACACCAUCUCAGGGGUGACAACAUCUCAGGGGUGACAACAUCUCAGGGGUGACACCAUCUCAGGGGUGACACCAUCUCAGGGGUGACAACAUCUCAGGGGUGACAACAUCUCAGGGGUGACACCACCUCAGGGGUGACACCAUCUCAGGGGUGACAACAUCUCAGGGGUGACAACAUCUCAGGGGUGACAACCUCUCAGGGGUGACAGCAUCUCAUGGGUGACAGCAUCUCAGGGGUGACAGCAUCUCAGGGGUGACACCAUUUCAGGGAUGACACCAUCUCAGGGGUGACACCAUCUCAGGGGUGAAAUUAAAUUGAAAAAUUGCAUAUUUACAGAGCAUGCACUGCUUGGUUUUACAGAAUUUCAUAAUAGGAUAACCGAUCACACUUAAAUUUCCCACACAUGGUACUAAUCCAAAUGCGUGCUUUAUUUAGAGUUGAAGGUUGAUGCGUCAGAAAUGAGAUGACCCUAUAAUUUGGUCAGAAAACAGUUUGUACCAUGUCCAAUGCCAAUUGAAGUGUUCGAUAACUGUCCUAAGUGACAUGAAGCUAUAUUUAUAUAAAUUAUGAGAAAUGAAGCUUUCAAUUGAUAACAAAUACGAUGAUGACGGGCAGCGGGCGAUUGUAAGCACACGAAUCAAAUCGGUAAAAAUUAAAACAUUUAAAAAAUGAUUUUUACCCAUUUAUGAGGUAACCAAAAUGACAUUUUACAAGAUUAUCUAAUAUCUUUCAAUAAUUAAUUUAAUUUUUUAAAAAUUUUGAAUAAAAAAUGUUUUCUAAAAGAAAUACAUCGAAACCUAAAACUUUUGGAAAUAAUAAAAUAUCAUCGAUUCGUCACUAGUACCGCCCCUUAACAUUUGAGCAGGAUUGUAAUAAAGCACACGGUCUUUUACAUGUUGUCUGUGAUUUUACGUUUAUCUAUUUGAAGAAGUAAACCUUACACAGCAGUAUCUGCAGACUAAAGACUUUACUCUUGAGUCAGUGGUGACAAACCUAGAGGCCUUAAGAUUGUUUCUGCCGGACAAGCGAUGCCACUUGGUUAACAAUGCCAUUGAAAAGGCACUUAAAAAUUCAGAUCAAUAUUGAAUUUCAGAACACAGGAGUUUAAGGUUGAAGAAGGGAAUGUCAGGAGAACACUUAAACAGAUGGAGUGUAUCAAUCGCUUUUAUUCUGAACUCCAGAUACAUUCAUCAGCAAUAAAAGUAGUAGCGUUGGGGGCUGUUCAACCCAAGAGUUUUUCAUCGUCAAGUUAAUGUGAAUUAUUGGAGUCCUUUUCUAUAUGAACAUCUUUCUAUAAUAAGUUAUCAGAAGAUGAACUUUCAAAAAACAAAACAACCUAAGGCUUAGAAGACAUUUAAAGGCAGGUGAUACUGAAUUUAACAACGUCAUGGACUGGUCAUUAUUGGAUAUUUUUAAAUUCAUAGCUGAAUGGGAAUUUAUAGAACCUCUUCCAAUGCUCUCGCUAAGCCUUCUAACGUUUCUUGUGAUCUGAUUUUGCUCUAUUGACAGUUGAAAGAAAAAUAUAUUAAUUUUUCAUCAAGGGAUUGACAGGCUGCUAUUUUGAAGAACAGGAAAGGAUAAUUUUAAAUAAAAUAAAUUUUAUGUAAUAAGAACGAUAACUCAACGUCGUUACAAUUCUUAAAUAAAUUGACCUCCUAACCUUUAAUUAAUUUGUUUCUGUUUUUGUCAUUGCUAUUCUGUGGAAUUAUUUUAACAAGAAGAUAUCGUUAGAAGUCAGGGGCAGGGCAAGGGGAGGGGAUGACACCAUAAGUUUAUCGCUCCGGGUGACAGCAACCCUAGCUACGCCACUGCCAUCACCAUCACUCUAUCAAGUAGUCUAUUGACUUUAUAAUGAAAUUAUGCAUUUUUUUAAUUUUAAUUUUGUAAAUAAAAAAAAUUGAUUGAACCUAGUAGAUAUCUAGAAGUAGAGAAUAAUUUUUUUACUGAAAAAAGAGAGGGGGGAAAAAAGUUAAUUUGAGAGUAUCGUUUAUUUUCCGUGUGCUAGGCUAAAUCGGAAGACGUCAAAGGUUCUAGAACAUUGUCUCAUGGCUGCUAAAUAUUGCACUAUUACUAACAUAUUUUUCAAUGUCCUCUGGCAGAGUAUUUUGGAUAUUAAAUAUCCUCGUGGCAGCGGGACCAGGACAGACAUUGGGUUACAGGCAGUGCUGGAUGAGAAGCUGUUCAGCACGGAAAAGGGAGGCCGGCCAGAUGCGGACGAUAUCGUCAUCAUAAUGACAGAUGGCCGGUCAGAUAACACUGCAGCAAGUAAGUAGGAAUGACAGUGCAACUUGAAACUUAGAAGUAUCGUUGAAGUAUAGACUGAGGCACAGACGUAAGAUCCAUUUUGUAACUGUAGCCCUCCAAAAAAACUGUUUAACUAAGACAACAUUACAGAAGAUAUGGAUUUAGAAAUAUAAAGCUAACAUAAAAUCCUUUUUUCUCAUCAAAUAAUAAUGAUAUCAUCUUGUCAUCUUAUCAUAUAAAUCACCAUAUCAUCUUGUAAUCUCAUCAUAUAAGCAUCAUAUCAGCGUAUCAUCUCAUCAAUUAUCAUAAUGUAAUCUUGUCAUCUCAUCAUAUAAUCAUCAUAUCAUCUUGUCAUCUCAUCAUAUAGUCAGCUUAUCAUCUUGUCAUCUAAUCAUGAUAUAAUUCUGUCAUUUCAUUUAAUUAUCAUAUCAGAUAGUCAUCUAAUUAUUUUAUCAUCAUAUAAUUUUGUCAUCACAUCAUAUAAUAGGCAUAGCAUCUUUUCAUCUCAUCAUAUUAUCAUCAUAUCAGAGUGUCAUCUCAUCAUAAAAUCAUAAUAUAAUCUUGUUAUCUCAUCUAUAAAUCACCGUAUCAUCUUUUUAUCUCAUCAUUUAAUCACCGUAGCGUCUUGUCAUCUCAUAAAAUAAUCUUCAUGUCAUCUUUUUAUCUCAUCAUAUAAUCAUCAUAUCAUCUUUUCAUCUCUUCAUAUAAUCAUUAUAUCAUCUUUUCAUCUCAUCAUAUAAUCAUUAUCUCAUCUAUUAGUUUGUCCACUUAUUAAGCGUUAUAAUCUUUCUCUUUUUACUUUUUAAACUAGUUUUAAAAAAAUAUAAUAAUUAUUAUUAUUAUUUUCCAUCAUCUAGCCAUAGCAGCAGCCAAUAAUCUCAAAGCGUCAGGUAUAACGAUCAUAUCAGUCGGCAUUGGUUCAGCAGUCGAUCAGAACGAGCUGAAGGGGAUUGCCAGUAAGCCACAGUAUGUCUUUAACUCCAUCAGUUACGCCCUCUUGGAUUAUGUCAAGCGUGACCUUGUCAAACUGACCUGUGAAGGUAAGCAUGAAUAUUGAUUUGUAUAGUAUCUGGAUUGUCCUGUGACAAUUUUAAAAAAAAAAUCAUCUCUUAUAUAUUGUCUUGAAAAUUAUAAAGAGACAGCGAUUUGUAUUUAUUGUAGGUACAUCGUUGUAUAUUUUAACCACAUUUAUAGUUUUAACUUAGUAUUUUUGUUUCGAUUAUGUUGCGAAUCGUUAUCAUACAACUUACACAUUAUUCGAUAUGCAUUAUAUCGAUAUCAUAGAUUAAUAUGAGCGAUACCACUAAAGAUCGGUAUGAGAUACGAACUGCAUAUUUAGAUUAUUUAAAGCAUUACCAAUAAUAGCCUAUACAGAAGGCAAUAAAUCAAUAACUGUCUGUAGUCUUAAUACAUUAACUACUUUUCUGAAUUAUUUUUAUUGUUUAGUUUUGUAUACGAUUUUAUACAUUUUUAAAUGGUUUUCUCAUUAAAUGAUUUUUAAACAUUAGAUCUAUAUAAUACUAGCCAAUUUUACCCGUUUUUUUCCUGGUUGCAAUGGAUAGCAUGUCAUAUUACAAUCUAGUAUUGUUCCUGGGUUUAAUUUCAUGAAUGUUACACUUUACCUCCUCCAACAACUCAUUUCAACCCAUAAGCGGACACUAGGGCACUAGGCAUUAGGCAUUCCUAAACAAGAACAAACGCUUUCACACAGAUCAAAACGUCUUAAAACAUUGCUACUCUCAGAAUUAAGGGAUGUAAAGAAAACAAAAAAAUCCAGAUCAUUUAACUUAAUUGCACACCGUUUGGCAAAAGAAAAAAAAAAUAAAUACAAUCUAUAAUAACGAAGAACAAAAAAAAAGAAAAAACAGAAAUAAAAAUUAAAGAACAACAAAAAUCAGUUGAUAAAAAUUGUGAUGCCAUUUAAUGAAAGCAAUAAAACAUCGAUUUUUCACGGCCAUACAUGGGCUCAAAACAAUAAAUUCUAAUAAUCAGCUAUACAAUUAUUAUUAUUUAAAAAAAAAGAAGUACAGCUGCUGAUGUCAGUUGAUUUUUAGGACAACUUCAUCUGAACCAAUCCAGGUGCAGGAUGUAUGACUAUGCCAUAUAAAAUUGAUAUCUAUUUAGGUGUUAUGAUAUUAAAAAUGAGUUUUUUUUAAAUAAAUUUACAUUUUUAUACUUUUAAGUAUCGGACAAGUUUUAUAUUAUUAGAUAAUAUUUUUAAAAACAUUUUUAUACUUUUUUUUAAUAAAUAGUUAUAAGUACAUACUUAUAUAUGGUUUGUACAUGUCAUGGCAAUGGUUUUCAAUAGUAAUAUGUUAUUUAUAUUCUAAAAACAUAAUACACAUUUCCUUAUACUAUAGCGUUAGGCGUCAUUUUAAACGGCCUAUGAAUAAUUUAAAUGCCUGUUGUUGUUUUUUUUUUUUUAAAUAGUUAUCGCUUGACUUAAAUUUUUUGUUUUCGAAUAGAGCAAAAUUAGCAAAUAUCAAUGUAAAAUUAAUAUAAAUUGUCUUCUUAUUCAUUUUGGUACCAACAAGUUUCUUUAACAAUGUUUCUUGCGCCAUUUUUCUUGCGCCAUGUUUCUUGCACUAAGUUUCUUGUGCCAUGUUUCUAGCACCAUGUUUCUUACGCCAUGUUUCUCGAAAAAUGUUUCUUGCGCCAUGUUUCUUGCGCCAUGUUUUUUGCACCAAGUUUCCAACAAGUCAUAUAUUACAUGCUCUGAAUAUCCUUAAUAUUUUAUUUCUGUAUGUUGAGUGUUGUAUUAAUUUUCCAGGAAAAUGUUCAAUGCACUCAUUUUUAAAUUCUGAAUUCAAACUAACUGCUGGUAUCUCAUAUGAACACUACUUAUAAACAAACGAAACUCAAUUUUAAAGCAAUACAAUUCAUUUCUUCUCCAGCUGCCGCAUAAGUCACCAAGACGCGAGACGUGAUGAGGACAUUUACUGAAAGAAACAAAUCAUAUCACAAUCUAUGACACAAUAAACUAGACAAACAUGAU